AGCACAUUGUCCGGGUUUGUUCCGUAUCAACAAAAACAAAUAUGGCGUGAUAUUGCAUCAUAUAAUAAUUUGACACUAUAGUCCUGUUAUCUCUUAAAAUAAAUUUGAUAAAUUAUCAUCUAACAAGAUUCUGAACUGGAAGAAUAAAUAAGAGUGCGGAUUGUAUAUCUUUGUUGUUUAGUCGUUGUGACAGUUUUACAAAUAAGUGAAUGAUUUACUGAAUUUUUUGAAUAUUUGUUCGAUAACAAUACAAUUUUUAAACAUGGCGUGAUUAGUAAAAGUGAUUUUUUAAACAUGUUCAGAAAUCCGUAAUCUCAUAACUUAUGUGCUCAUAACCUAAAUUCAAAAAUAUUAUCAAACAUGCUCCUAGAUAACGAGACAUAAGCAUUUCAGAACAUUCCCGAAAUGAAUUUGUAUACACGUAUACAAUUCAAGGAUUUGUUUCCUUCUAAACUAUCAAUAAUAAUAUUUAUAUCAUAUAUAUUAUUAUUUAUCAGUCAGGGAGUACUUGUAACUUAUUCACAAGGAGAAGAUAAUCAUUAUAAAUACAACACCAUUUUAGUAGUAUCAAUCACAGAAGCAGUUAAAUUAUUCGUUUCGUGUGGACUUUAUUGCAAAGACCAUACUAUACAAGAGUUAUGCACGGGUAUAAGAAAAGAUGUAUCAGUAUUAAAACUGUAUUUGGUGCCUGCUUUAUUAUAUUGUUUUUAUAAUAAUCUUGCCUUUCUAAAUCUUUCCACAUUUGAUCCAACAACUUAUUAUCUUUUACUACAACUAAGAGUAGUUAUAACUGGAAUAUCGUUUCAGGUGAUUUUUAAAAAAUAUUUGUCCCGCUGGCAAUGGUUAUCACUCGCACUUUUAACAGUGGGUUGUUUAAUAAAACAAAUAUCAUUUGACAGUGAUAAAGAUACUCAAACUUUUCAUGGAAAAAACACCAGCGGUUUUGAUUUUAGUGUAAGUGCCAUAUUAAUUCUAGUGCAGACGUUUUGUUCCUGUUUCGCUGGUGUUUAUAAUGAGUAUAUUCUCAAAGGAAAAGGCUGUAACGUUAAUAUAUUUAUACAAAAUGUAUAUAUGUAUUUAGAUUCUAUAAUGUGCAAUGUAGUCGUACUAUUACUUUCGGGUGACUUUUCUAAUGUACUUAAUCCAUCAACUUUUUUCAAUGUAUUGUCGUUUAAAGUGAUUAUUAUUAUAAUCAACAAUGCUGCAAUUGGAAUUGUAACAAGUUUCUUCUUGAACUAUCUGAAUUCUAUUCUGAAAACUUUUGCAAGUGCUUUAGAGUUAGUGUUUACAGCAAUAAUUUCUUAUAUAUUGUUUGGAAUUCCAAUAUAUUUAAAUACAAUCAUUUCAAUUGCUACAGUUUCUUUUGCAGUAUUCUUGUAUUCGCAGAAUCCUGUGGUAAACUUAAAACCAAGUUCUGAUAUUGAUAAAGAAUCAGAAGAAAAAUUGUUAUGUGAUGAUGAAGAAUGUGUUUGA